CGCAUCGGUGAUCUUUGAAACGACACUUGUGGCAUUAAUUUGAAUAUUAAUAAGGAAACGUUGCGCCAGACAGAUCCUCUCCGCUUCUAGUACACCUCUGAAUGAGGCUCAUGGAACCCUUGGGUGUUGCCCAGGACGUGGUGGAGACGGGCGCGUUGAAACGAUGGUCCGACUUCCCCGUCCAACAUAGGUUCACAGACUACUCGAACUCGAUCGGAGAACCGUCGCAUCACACCAUCAGCCCAUUUCCAUGCAGGCCGGCGCUCAACAACAAGCUUGCGCUAUGGACUGGAGACAUUUCGAUUUUGCAAGUGGACGCGGUGGUGAACCCAACCAGCGAAACCAUGGACGACAACAGUCCUAUGUGCCAAAGAAUAUUUGCUCGGGCUGGUUCGCCGCUUAAGAUGGAGAUAUUUAAUGAAGUGAAAGAGUGCAAAACUGGCGAAGUGAGAGUAACACAGGGACACGGAUUACCGGCACGUUUUAUUAUCCACACCGUUGGACCAGUAUACAAUGUGAAGUACCAGACGGCAGCUCAAAAUACACUGCACUGUUGCUACAGAAAUGUCUUGCAAAAAGCUAGGGAGCUUGGAUUACGUACGAUCGCGUUGCCGGUAAUUAAUUCGGUGCGAAGAAAUUAUCCUCCUGACGCGGGAGCGCACAUUGCCCUAAGAACGAUAAGAAGAUUUCUGGAGCAGUACGGUGAUUCCGUUACGUGCGUUGUGUUCGUCCUGGAGCCAUGCGAUCUUGGUAUCUACGAGGUCCUUCUUCCACUCUAUUUCCCAAGAAACUUAGCAGAGCAAGACAACGCCUGUUGGCAGUUACCGAACGACAUCGGUGGCAUGGACGGAGAACCCCUGCUUCCUGAUCGACAAAUCAGAAUUAUCGACAAUCCUCAACACGCUUUACAUGGGGACGAGAGCGUAGAAUUAUCUGCGCAACUAGAAACAUCCGUGAACAUCGGUGAACACGCGUUUGCACAGAUGCAGGGCGAUUUGGAUCGACAGAGACUUCUGGGUGAGAGGCCACCUGCCGAUCCUCUCGCGGACAUCAUGCUGAAGCAAAUGCAACAAAAAGAAAGGUACGAAAGGCUCCUCAGACGAGCAAAGACGGAGGAUCUGUCGGAAGUUUCCGGGAUCGGUUGCCUCUAUCAAAGUGGGGUCGAUCGCCAGGGUCGACCGGUCGUUGUUUUCGUCGGAAAAUGGUUCCCCGCCACCAAGAUCAACCUGGACAAGGCAUUGCUGUACCUUAUACAGUUGCUGGACCCGAUUGUCAAAGGGGACUACGUUAUCGCCUAUUUCCAUACGUUAACGACUAGCAACAACUAUCCAAGCUUGCACUGGUUACGGGAAGUUUACAACGUGCUUCCUUACAAGUAUAAGAAGAACCUGAAACACUUUUACAUCAUACAUCCGACUUUCUGGACCAAGAUGAUGACGUGGUGGUUCACAACGUUCAUGGCGCCGGCAAUCAAGCAGAAAGUCCACAAUCUGCCCGGCGUGGAGUAUCUCUACGAUGUGAUGUCCCCGAAUCAGCUGGAAAUCCCAGCGUACAUCACGGAGUAUGACAUGACGAUAAAUGGGAUGAGGUAUUAUCAACCAGAACAGAUCCCAUCGUCGCCGUCAACGUCCACGUAACUCUCGAUCAGGUCUCGGUUCCCAUCCAGCGACGCACUAGACAUAACGAAGCCAGAUCGGCUGUCCAGCGUGAUGAUAGCACGAUUACACUCGCGCGUGUUCCUCGACUGAUCGUGCAGUAACGCAGCUUCUCACCGCACCAUACGUUCACGCGCGUCGCAACGACGCGAAACACAUCCGAUAAUCCCCCAGUUUCGGCGAUGUUUCUUACCAGAAAAAAAAAAGAAUCAUCGAGGAAACAUCGAGGAAUUAGCUGCCGCGGUUCGGACGCGAUUCCCGCCACGAUUCCCCGAAGCGCGGAAACAUCUCAAUGUCGAAGUGCCUCGCGACAUGACGGAUCGGACCAACAACUAAGGGAGAGAAAGAAGGGACGUCGUCGUCGUCGUCUUCAUCGCCGCCACUAUGCAGACGAAACCGAUCGUUGAAAUAUGUUAAAAAAACCACUGCCCCACCCGAUCCAUUUUCGCUACGUAGACGACGACGUCUCGCAGACAGAAAAGAAAAACACACACAUACAAACAAGGUUUUUCGUGAAGAAAUUUGGUCCUAUUACAUGGUGCUGUAAGAUCGAUAUAUCUGGAUCCACACUUACACAGGCAAAGAUAAGGUACAAUUGGUAGAAAAUAAAAAGAGAGAUAGAACGAUCGAGGAGGGAUCGUGAUUCGCUAAAGGCGAACGUACCCGGCUGCCAAACAAAAAAAAAAAAGAAUGAACAGGAACACCAAUAAUCAGUAUUCUCGUCGUGUUGUCGUCGUAUAAUGUUAGGGUUGCUUCGAGGCCCCUCCCAGUUCUUUGUACAUAAUUAACGCCUGUUCGUCGUUUAGGAUCGUGUGGUGAUACGAACCGACGGGUGAAACGAGCGACGACG